AUGAUCAAAGGUAGCGACGUGUAUGAUGUAGUGGCAGCUAUUGUGCCCCUCUACGUGGCUUUGAUCUUAGCAUAUGGCUCNGUCCGUUGGUGGAAGAUCUUCACCCCAGAACAGUGCUCUGGCAUAAACCGUUUUGUGNNUGUUUUUGCNGUGCCCUUNCUCUGUUUUCNUUUCAUAUCCANCAANNACCCUUACACCAUGAANUUCAGGUUCUUAGCCGCGGACUCUCUUCAAAAGGUUGUGAUUUUGGUUGCACUUGUUCUGUGGAACGCUUUCACAAAAUGGGGUAGCCUUGACUGGACCAUCACACUGUUCUCACUCUCCACUCUCCCCAACACGCUCAUCAUGGGGNUUCCUNUUCUNAAAGCCAUGUACGGAGANUUCACAGGCACCCUCAUGAUCCAAAUUGUGGUUUUUCAGAGUGUGAUUUGGUACACUCUCUUGCUGUUCAUGUUUGAAUAUAGAGCGGCUAAGCUACUCAUUAUGGAGAAUUUCCCUGAUACAGCAGCUUCUAUAUCCUCCUUUCGAGUUGAUUCACAUGUUGGUUCUCUGGGUGGUCGAGAGAUGCUAGAAACUAAUGUAGAAACCGGAGAAGAUGGGAAUGUUCACGUAGUGGUGAGGAGCAUGUCACGUUCUGUGUCCGUUGCAUCAAACCUCACUGGGAUUAGGAUCUAUUUAGAGGAGUCGUCUAGAGAACCAAAGCUGGGAAGAUCAAAUUUUAGUGCCACAGAUUUGCACCCACAUGGUCUGAAAAGAGAGAGGAUGUCGAAAAUUCAUGACAAGAGUUUCUCAAGGAGCAAGACCAUUGGUCAUAGUUUGGUUUCUCCGUAUCCGUUUCUGAAACCAACAGGGGACAAGGAGACAAACAGUAACAAGGGUUUGCACAUGUUUAUGCCAACUUUACCAACUUCUGAUCCUAAUGUGAGACAUGCUGCGAAUAAUAGAGUUGGAUCUUACGAGUUUGAGACCAUUGAAUCUUCAAACGAUGUUGAAAAUGAAGGUGUCGAAGAUCCUGUAUUGAAGAAUCAGAUGAACAGCAACAGUGAAGGAGAUUCAAACAGAAGGAAAGAAAUGCCUCGUGCCAGUGUCAUGAUAAAGCUUAUUCUCACCAUGGUUUGGAGGAAUCUCAUAAGAAACCCUAAUACCUAUGCAAGUGUUUUGGGUCUUGUUUGGUCUCUUAUAUUUUUUAGGUGGAACAUGAAGAUGCCAUCUAUAAUAAAAGGUUCCAUAGACAUAAUAUCUAAUGCUGGGUUGGGAAUGGCCAUGUUCAGUUUAGGUCUGUUCAUGGGAUUACAACCGAAAAUCAUUACUUGUGGGAAAACCCGAGCUAUGAUUUCAAUGUUAGUUAAGUUCUUGGUUGGUCCAAUGGUGAUUCUUGCAACCUCCAAAGCCAUGGAUAUCAAUGGAGUUCUUCUAANAGUUGCAGUGAUCCAGGCUUCUCUUCCAGAGGGUAUUGUUCCCUUUAUAUUUGCCAAAGAAUAUAAUCUUCAUGCAGACAUACUCAGCACAGCGGUUAUCUUUGGAAUGGUGGUUGCUUUCCCAGUAACAAUAGUAUACUACGUGAUUCUUGGACUCUAAAACUUUUCUUAGAAAAAUAACUAUGCUUUGAAGAGAAGCAUUAUGCUGCAUAUCUAAUUAAUGCAGAUUGUAGUAUUGUUAAAUUUAAUUUUUCGUUUACAUUAGGAUUGAAGUAGGGUUAAAUUUAAACACCUUUGGUUUAUUUAAUUUUUAUUUUAAAAUUUAUAUAUUGUAUUUUCUUUGUCAUGAUUUGACAUUGAAGAGGAGAUACACGUCUUCGUGGAGCUAAAUUCUUGAUAUUCCUUAUUGUACUUUGUUUGUGACACCAAUG